AUGCGGGUCGUAGAUAGCGGCACUAUCUUUACGGUUUUGUUCCACCGCUCGAAUUGCACCACCCCCCUCCUCUGCUCAUUUGGGCCAGCAACAAAAAUAAAUGAACGCCGGACGAGAGGACCACCACCCAGCCUCCUCUCCUCUUCCCAUCUCAGCAGACCAGGACUGAGUUCUGUCAGUUCUGCUUAUCCUCAACUGAUACCUUCACGACAUGAGUUUGGCCUUUACAAUUGGCGCUAA